GUGCCGUCCAAUGCAUCUAGAGAACCCCUACCCACCUCACCGAAACUGAGACCCGGUACCUGAAUCGGCAUUCAACUUCAACUCCAGAGCCACUCGAGACCGUCUGACAUCCGACAUCCGUCCGUGAUCCGUCACUGGACGGCAGGACCGUGAUAAUUACCAAAGGUCUGGUAUCCAAUGCUUCGGAUCCCAGGCUCAGAUCCCCUCGUUGCAGCGUUGUUUGUCCUGCCUAUUAAGGCGGCACAUUCCGCCGCCUGUGUCUCCGCCCAUUUUGUCUUACCCCUUCCGCUGGGACUGACCGUGAGACAGUGGACAGUAGGAUCUUCUCCCCCUCCACACCCACUCAGGAGGAGUUGCGGACUGUUGACCCACUUGUUCCCGCAUUUUCCCCUGGCUCUCGAUGUGGUUCCUCACCGGUCGGUCCACUUGGGCCACAUUUCAUCGGGAACCACUUCCCAUGUCACUCUCCCUUGCCGGAGAAUUUCCCACACACCCCCGACAACGUUGCAAGAGGGUCUAAUCCGAGCAACUGGAUCCUCCAUCUGUCCACUGAGAGUGCGCCCAGCAACCCUGUACACGUAGCGUAGCGUACAUCUCUAACCUGGACGUAAAAGGUUAGCGCAGUACUUCCACCAUAC